AUAGUAAAGAGUUGUGGUUGGGACUGUCCAACCACUUGGACUCAGAGAAGCAAACACAGGACAUCAUCUGUAACAAUGAAUGACAUCAAACUGGCCUUACUGGGCAGUGAGGGAGCAGGCAAAUCUGCGGUUUUGGUGAGAUUCUUAACCAAGCGGUUCAUAGGCGAAUAUGCGUCAAAUGCCAACUCCUUAUACCAUAAAAGGCUUUCCAUUGAGGGAAGACAGUUGAACUUGGAAGUCUUUGAUCCAUGCUCGCAGAGUGGAGAAAGCAGAUGUAUCCUGGAGGAGCCGGUGGAUUGGGCUGAUGGCUUUGUUGUAGUCUACACCAUCAGUGACCGUACGUCCUUCCUAAAUGCCAAAAACAUCCUGGCGCAGAUCAAAGAGAGCCGUCGAGAGACCUGUAAAGGAGAGGUUCCCGUUUGCCUGGUGGGUAACAAGCAGGACCUGUGCCACAGCCGUCAAGUGAGCGAGGAGGAAGGCCGCGUUCUGUCCCAGGAGUACAAAUGCCUUUUCCAGGAGGUGUCUGCGGCUGAGAACUACCUGGAGAUCUCCAACCUAUUCACAAAGCUCAUCCGGCAUGUGAUGGAGCAGCUUAAGCACAGAGGCGACCGCAGGCGGUACAGUGGCUCUAAGUCUAUGGCCAAGCUCAUUAACAAUGUCUUUGGCAAGAGGAGAAAGUCUGUUUGAGUGCCGAACAUAAAAGAGUCGGGCAAUGAGUCAGUCUCCGCUGAAUCAGUAAUGGAGGUGUAUCCUUGUUAAAUCUAAUGUUCUUGGAAAGGUUUUACAUGUAUAGACGUAUGCUUAAGUCCAAAUGAGUACUGUUACAGUCUUAUAAAUGAAGGUUCUUUAUUGGCAUCAGUGGUUCCAUUAAGAACGUUUAACACUCAUGGAAACUUUCCAUUGUUUCCAAAAGGUUAUUUAAAGUUGAUACGGUUCUCUUGAAUCAUGUUUUUUUUUUUCACUAAGA